AUGAGCUCGCUCCUCAACCUCACGCGCGACGAGUGCGCACAGCGCAGCCGCGAACUCGCGGUCGACACGUACCGUAUCUCGCUCGACCUGACGGCGCUCAACGACCCCGAGACGACGACGUUCAGAUCACAGACAAAGGUCGAGUUUACAUCGACGACGGCUUCGACAUGGCUCGACCUCGUUGCGGACAAGGUCACGGCUGUGACCAUCAACGGUGCUAGCGCCGAGGUCAAGUACAACGGCGCGCGUGUGCAGCUCGACGGCCUGGUCAAUGGCCCCAACACGGUCGUGGUCACGGCCCAGUGCAUCUACAGCCAUACCGGCGAGGGCCUGCACCGUUUCACCGACCCCGUCGAUGGCAAGACGUACGCAUACACCCACUUUGAGCCGACCGACGCACGCCGCGUGUACGCCUGCUUUGAGCAGCCCGACCUCAAGGGCAAGAUCACCUUCGAGGUGGCGGCGCCCAAGGACGUCGGCGUGUUCAGCAACCAGUCGGUCGCGAGCGAGGACGGCGGCGUGACCGUCUUCAACCCGACACUCCCGCUUUCGACGUACCUCUCCGCCCUCGCCGUUGGCCCUUACUAUGUCGUUCACGACAAGUACGAGGACGUGCCCCUCGCCGCCAUGUGCCGCCAGUCGAUGAAGGAGUACCUCGAGGCCGAGGAAAUCUUCCGCAUCACCAAGCAGGGCCUCGCCUUCUUCAACAAGGCGUUCGGCUACCCCUACCCGUGGGGCAAAUACGACUCGAUCUUCCUCCCCGAGUACAACAUUGGUGCGAUGGAGCACCCCGGCCUCGUGACCUUCAGCGAGAACGCCUACAUCUUCCGUGGUGCCGCCACCAUCGCCCAGCGCGAGUCACGCGCCGAGGUCAUCCUCCACGAGAUGACCCACAUGUGGUUCGGCGACCUGGUCACCCCCAAGUGGUGGGAUGGCACUUGGCUCAAAGAGUCGUUCGCCGACCUCAUGGGCUACCUCGUCGCCAACGAGGCCGCCGGCUUCGAGGGCCCGUGGAUCUCCUUUGGUCUGGGACGCAAGCAGGGCGCGUACACUAUGGACGUGCGGCCCACUACCCACCCAAUCGCUACCGACGUCCCCGAUCUCGAGGCUGCGCGCCAGAACUUUGACAGCAUCACGUACAACAAGGGCGCGGCGACGCUCAAGCAACUCAUGGCGUAUGCCGGUCGCGAUGCCUUCUUCGCCGCGUCGCAGAAGUACUUCAAGCGCCUGGCCUUUGGCACCGCGACGCUCGACGACCUCAUCGCCAGCCUGAAGGAGACAUCGACGGCCGACUUGUCCGAGUGGGUCCCAUCGUGGCUCCACACUACCGGCCCGUCGGUUAUCACGACGGUCCGCGAAGGCGGCAAGCUCUAUGUCGAGACCGAGUCCAAGGACGUGCUCACUGGCAAGGAUGUGGCCCGUAACCACCGCGUCAAGGUCUCGACCUUUGCACGCGGCAAGAAGGGUGUCGAGCGCACGGCGUCGGUCUCUGUUCUCCUCGACAAGCCCCGCGUCGAGAUCCCCUUGCCCGAGGGCACCGUUGUCGACCUUGCCAUUGCCAACGACGACGACCUGACGUAUGCGCUCCUGCGCUUCGACGACGCCUCCGUCGACGUCCUCGUCGAGCAGCUCUCGACCGUCCAGCCGACGCUCACCCGCGCCGUCGCGUGGUCGGCCCUCUGGAACAUGGUCCGCGAUGCCAAGCUGCCUGCUGCGCGCUUCCUCGACGCCGUCAUCAACAACGCGUCCACCGAGACCGACUCGGUCCUGCUCAACCUCAUUCUCAGCCUUGGCUACAGCGCCGUGGCAGCGUACCUCAACCCCUCGUUCCGCGACGCCGCCGGUGCACGCUUUGUCGCCGCCAUCGCCUCCGGCCUGUCCGCCGCCACGCCCGGCACCGACCUCCAGCGCACCUGGGCGAAUGCCAUUGCGGCCUAUGGCGGCUUGAGCAAGAGCUCCGUGCACACCCUCCGCGAGACCCUCGAUGGCGAGGUCACCAAGCUCGAGCUGACACCGACCCUUCGCUGGGGCAUUCUUCGCACACUCGCCUCGCUCAGCGCCGUGACUGACGCCGAACUCGAGGCCGAGUACGCCCGCGACAAGACAAUGACUGGCGCCACAGCCCUCGUCCGGGCCCGCGCGUCUUUCCCAGGCGCGGAAAACAAGAAGCGGGUUUGGGACGAGGUGACGGGCGACGACAAGAUCACCAACGACCGCCAGGGUGCGCUCCUGGUGGGCUUCAACGCCGGCCCCGACUCGGACCGCGAGGCGUUCAUCAAGCCCUAUUUUGACUCGCUGACAUCGUGGUGGUCGGCCAAGACCAUGACCAUGGCGUCGAGGCUCGUCCUCCUUGCCUUCCCCGACACUACGGUCAACGACGGCCAGGUCGGCAACAACAAGGUCGAACUGCUGGCCCAGGGCUGGCUCGACGCCAACCCCGACGCACCGCGCGCCCUCAGGCGCAUCAUUAUCGAGCGACUGGAUGACACGAGGAGGGUGCUGCGUGGGCAGGCUUAG